UAAAGAGAUGGCUGACUCCAUGCUCUUUCCCAAAGGUGAAGAGUCCCUCUCAUCAAAGGAGCAUCUUCCCUGACUUUCUAAUAAGGUGAAUCAGCUCCCUGUCACCCUCUCAUCUCAGUUAGGCAGAAGGUCCCUUAGGCCGAGGACAAAGCUCAAGACAGGUUUCUGGGCACUUCAGCUUUCAAGAUGGCUCCUGGCUCAACAUGGCUGCUCUCCCAUCUACAGAACUUGCGCAGAGCCUCAAAACACACUUCUCCUCUUCUUCUGAACCCAUACUGGACUUCAAGACAGAUGUAACUGCAGGACUUACAGGCUCAGAAGUCAGUAACCUCUCCCCAGGGAGAUAUGAAAAUGAUGAUGAGGCACUCAGCAGAAGGGCAGACAGCUUUGAACUGGGUGGACUGUGUAAACCUGAUGUAGACACCUCUGUAGUAGCAGACAGCAUCUCUGUGGCAACAGAAGAACUGAACCAAACCCUAGUGACCUGCAUGGACUCAUCUGGCAUGAACAGCACUUGUGAAUUUCCAGCCUCCAGCAUGGACAGCCAUUGUGGACCUGACCUAGCUCUGGCUCCUAGAUCAAACCUUGCUGACAAAGUUCCCCUGGUAGAGACUGGUGAACCCAGCUCAACAGCUUCCUUGCCACAGAUGGAAGCCCCAGAGGAAUGCCCACCUCGGCCUAACACUUUGGAUUUCUCCAAGACCCUAAAAAAUGUGGAAGAGGUAAAGCAGAUGGGACAGAUGAGGAAUAGUGACCAUUCAAACAUCAAGGAGAAUGGGGUGGAGAACUGCUCCAAGGUGCUACCAGUAAGUGAGGAGCGCAGGGCACUGGAGUCUGAGCUGGGAAAGUGCAUUGAGGACUUCAGGAAAAUCAAGAUCCCCAUCUCCUUUCCCAACAGAAAGCGGCAGUGGCAAAGUGAACUGCUGAAAAAAUACCAUGUCUGAGGGGAAGGACUGGUCCAAAGAACUCCCCUCACUCCCAAACUGAUAAAACCCUGCCAUACUGAGGAGAUGACUUUCACAACCGCAGAAUCCUUUCUGCAUCCUUUCCGUGAGAGGCCAACUUGCUAUCUGUUGAUAUCCUCAACAUGCUUUGGCAACCAGGAGGAAUCCAGCAUCUUGCAGGAUCAGACCUUAUUUAAAGACAUGCAUAUGUGACAGCAUGUUAGUUAAAAAGAAUUUGUUUUGAGAGAUGGGGACCCUGAUUUGCACCUUGUGGAACUUCAUUGACUUCAUUGAGUCUAUAUAACCAAAGGACAGAGUUUGGCCUACACAUUCAGAAUGAAGAGCAGUGGUCUUGAUCACUCAGUCAUUCUAGCUAUGGCUGCUUCAUAGGCAGAGAGGUCACAGGCAAUGACUUGAGGCUGAAGAGCAAUAGAGUCAUGAAAAGAGCUACACCAGUGCUAGAACUGGUAAUUUCAAAAAAAGAGGAAGAAAGAAGGAGAAAACUAAGGGUGGUUCAGGACAUUCUGAGCCAAACUUACACCUGAGGAAUGUGAACAUUCUUGCAUUUACAAGUGUGACUUGUAUUUUAUUAUCCAAGAUA